CUGAACUCGUGGAUGUCAAUGCGCGCGGCAGACCGACAGCCCGGACAGUUGCUAGGCAAUAAGAUGUUCCCCUGGUUAGCCAUGUUCUACCUGGAGACCAAGAUACCAGGCCAGCGUUCCCCCCAGGAGCUGGUCACCAACACCCUUAUGCUGGAGCUGGGGGCUCUUAUGAAGUGCAGAGCAACUUUGCCAGCAGAGGAUGGUAGAGAUGCAGUGCUGCAGCUCCGGUGUAGACUGCUGCCCUAUGAGCUUACCCCAGGGGAGGUUCUAUGUCUGUGGGAGCUCUGCUCAAGGAUCCCGCCCUCCCGGUGUGGCUCAAUCAUCUUGAGGUUCUGGAAGUUGGUGACAGAGUUUGAACCAGAGGUCCAUGAGGUGCCAUGCCUGUUCUGUUCACUGCUGUGGAACUGCGUGGACAAGGAAGAGGAGGGUGACAUCAGCGAAGAGCAGAUGAAGGUGUGGGUGAGCCUCUGCUUCGACACCUUCUGCUCCAAGCUCCGCCUCACCCCCUUCAGGGGUGGGGCUAGCAGGGCGUCUGGUGACAGCAUGGCCAAGGAGGAGGUGUGGUCUGAAGAGGAGGAGGAAGAGGGGUUUGUAGGGCUAGUGGGAGGGGUGGAGAGGGGGAGUGGCAAUAGCAUGCCAGACAUCACCCCCUUGAGCAAAUGGCAGAGAGCUGAAUGAAUGCAGGGGAGAGGAGGGCAGUUUAGAAGAACAGAUGACAUACUGGGUAUACAGAAAGGAAGAAAGUGACAGAUUUACAUGUUCAUUUAUCAAAAUGAAGCCAUUUUCUGUUAUGGCCCCUGUGCAGUUAUGGCACCACCCCUGGGCCAAUAAACAUGCAGCAUACACGCUGCAGGAACACAUCAGGCCACACCUCUACAUUUUUUGUCCUCAAAAUAGCAUGGGCUUCUUGAAUGUACAAAUCCAAAAUAUGAGUAAAACAGAGCACACAUUUUCAGCACAGUGAGAAAACACGGCCAUGUGCACCAUGCAGUUUAACACUUGGGAGACC